AUGUUUCGUGUCCUCUCUCUUUUGACAGGGCCUGGCGCCAACGACCAACACAACAUGUCAGCAAACCAACCGGCGCUUAAGGGUACAGGAGAGCAGCACGGUAUAAGUAUUGUCCUCUGUCCAUCCUCUUCUUUCCCCCAUACAUUCCACCUCUUUGACACUUCCUCCUUACCAUUCUCUUUUUGUUCGACCUCCGCUGUUGCUAUAACGAUGCCUUCAGACAAGGAUCGCUUAUACGUUGCCUUAUAUGCCCGGGGCGGCCAACCCAAAAUGCCUGGUUUAGAGGACACUUAUCAUUGGGCGUUCUUAGUCGGGCCCAAGCAUGAAUCAGCCAACAGCCGGGGCAGACGAAUCCAUGCAAAAGAAACUAUGACUCUAGCGGGUGAACCUCCGAUGCCGCAGAUGCAAUGGGAAUAUGAAAGCAAAAAGGUGACCAUGGCACCGACGUCUGCAAUUCUUGUGCGCGUCGUCAUCGCCAAGAUCGAAGAUAAGGACCGAUUGAAAUCCAUUUUUGAGGAAAUAUCGCUUGAAUCGGAGGAUUUCAAUUGUGUCAAAUUCGUGAAGGACGGUUGGAGGGCGGCUCAAAAGGAUAACAAAGCUCUCGGGACCUCUGCAAAAGGUUGGAAGGCUAUAAGGGAUACAGCGAUGUGGUAUGUGGAGAAGAAGAGAGCUGAGCAUCGAUUCGAUGGAACGGGAACGUAUGACCCUACCAAGGUGCCGACCUGGGACAUGCUGGAAGACAAGGAAUUGAUACCAUAG